AAUGGACACUUUUUUCUUUAUUCUUACUGAAAAAGUGCGAAGCUAGUCAUGGAGGUCCAGGAGAUUAAGAAUCGGAUGAAAGCCUAUCGGUUUGUAGCCUACUCCGCAGUGGCAUUCUCGGUGGUUGCAGUUAUUUCGGUAUGCGUCACACUUCCAAUGGUGUACAACUACGUGCAUCAUGUCAAGAGAAGCAUGCAAAAUGAGAUUGUCUAUUGUAGGGGCUCCGCAAAAGACAUCUGGUCAGAAGUGCGCACCCUGAAAACCGCUCUGGAACCGAUCCAAAACCGUACAGCCCGUCAGGCGUACGCAGAUGCCGCAGUUCACGGAGGAGGCGGUGGAGGCGGAAACUGUGAGGCCUGCUGCCUUCCAGGACCCGCUGGACCCGCCGGUGCCCCAGGAAACCCUGGGAGACCGGGUAAACCUGGAGCUCCAGGACUUCCAGGAAACCCUGGAAAGCCACCAGUUCAGCCUUGUGAGCCAAUUACUCCACCACCAUGCAAACCAUGUCCAGAUGGACCCGCGGGACCACCAGGACCACCUGGAGCACCUGGAGAUGCUGGAACAAACGGAGCUCCGGGAGCGCCUGGAGGUGAUGCUCCACCCGGUGAGGCAGGACCGAAAGGACCACCAGGACCACCAGGAUCCCCCGGAGCACCCGGAGAGCCAGGAAGACCUGGAGACGACGCACCAAGUGAGCCACUCAUCCCAGGGGAGCCAGGACCACAAGGACCACCGGGACCACCUGGACAAGCCGGACCAGACGGACAACCUGGAGCACCCGGAGGACCCGGAACUCCUGGAUCAAAAGGACCACCGGGUAACCCAGGAGCUCCUGGAGCCGAUGGAAAGCCUGGAGCACCAGGACAAGCUGGACCAGCUGGAGCGAAGGGAGAGAAGGGAAUCUGUCCGAAAUAUUGUGCGAUUGACGGAGGUGUCUUCUUCGAGGACGGCACUCGGCGAUAAAGGAUUUUAUUUAUUCAUGAUUAUGACAAUAAACAUUGGCUUUAACUU